AUGAGUGAAGAACAUUCAACUUUUCAAAUGAUGACUUUAAUGGAUGACAUUGCAAAAGCAUUAAUUAUUGACCCUUAUCUUAACGUAAAAGUUAGCAAAGUUGGUCUUAUAAUGGAUGUUGAAGAUAUAAUUUGUUGUCCAACGUCCAAUUUUAUGUCAACAACGUUAAAACAGUUUACAGAAACUCUCAAUUAUGAUAAGACUGUACAAACCUUGCUCACAUGCUUAAAUGACCAAAUUUUUAGCAUCAUAUACGAAGAAUACCUUCGAAGUCAUAUGGUCUGGUAUUUAAAAGUACUUGAUUCAAGUAAUGGAUUUUUAGUAACAAAAACUUCGCAGUAUAAGGGCCAAGAAAACCAAGUUAAAAUUGUUGCUAGUAAAGCUGUUUCUAAGAAUACAAAAGUGGAUGUAUUAUAUGGAAAUUAUGUAAAAAUUUCGCCUCAAGAAGAAACAUUGCUUAAAAAAUUAAACAGCGAUUUUUCUAUUAUGUACAGUUUAAUGUACAAAUGUUCCACAAUUUUACUUGGUACCAUUGCUUUUAUUAAUCAUGAUUGCAAUGAAAAUAGUGCCUAUUAUUCGCUUAAAGCUAACAAAGUAAAAAUUAUUACAACUAAAAACAUAGAAAUAGGUGAUGAAGUGACAGUACGAUAUAGUAAUGACUUUUUUGGACCAAAUAAUGAAUCGUAUGAUGGUAGUUUGACAAAGAAAGAACAAAGGCAAGUAAGCGAUAAAAGAGAUAAUGCUGGGUUAGCAUAUAAUAACAAUUUAUAUGGAAACUUGAUCAAUUUCCUUAAAAAAUCUAAAAAAUUUGAUUUGGAAAACAUUGAAGCUAUUGAUCCAAGUGAUAUUACCAUAUGCGAAAUUGCCAAUAAAAUUUACAAAGAGAAACAUAAAAAAAAUAAUCUAGCUCUCUUAAAUUUUAUGACAAAGUAUAAAACAUCAAUUUUGAACGAUGUUAAAAAUGAUACGACUGACAUUAUUGCACCCGAGAAAAAAAAUACCGAACUCUAUGAAACUAAAUUAAUAGAGGUCUCAAUAUUGCACUGCCAUGAAGAUUUUUUCAAUUGUAUCUUUAAAUGUAAGCCAUUAGACCUGAAAUUUUUCAGCAGUGAACCAGCACUGGCCAGUCGUGUCAGACUGGGCAUAGACUGUCGAACCAUUGCUGAACGUUUCUGCCAGGGUAAUGACUUCUAA